AUGGGCCUGUACGCGUGGAAUGCGCUGUCCCCGGUCGCCGACUGGGGUCCCUUCUGCUCCGACGACGGCGGCCAGGACCUUCACGGCCUCAUCGAGUCCAUGCUCUCCGACGACGCGCUCGUCGGCGCCGACCCGGCCAGCAGCCUGUUCCACCAGGCCGGCCCGUGCUACUCCAACGGGUCCGACCCAAGCAGCACCACGACAACGAACCCUGGCACCCCAGUGUACGACGACCCGGCUCAGGCGCAGGCGGAGUGCAGCCCCGAGAAGGGGCUCCGGCUGCUGCACCUGCUGAUGGCGGCCGCCGAGGCGCUGUCCGGCCCGCACAAGAGCCGGGAGCUGGCACGGGUGAUAUUGGUUCGGCUCAAGGACAUGGUCUCCAGUACCAGCGACGCCGCCGCCUCCAACAUGGAGCGCCUCGCCGCGCACUUCACCGACGCGCUCCAGGGCCUCCUCGACGGCUCCCACCCCCUCUCCGGCGCCGGCAAGCAGGCCGCCGCCAUGGCCGCCGCCGCGUCUUCUUCUUCCCUCCACCACCACCACUACAACGCCAGCGACGUGCUCACGGCGUUCCAGAUGCUCCAGGACAUGUCCCCCUACAUGAAGUUCGGCCACUUCACGGCCAACCAGGCCAUCCUGGAGGCCGUGGCGGGCGACCGCCGCGUGCACGUCGUCGACUACGACCUAGCCGAGGGCAUCCAGUGGGCGUCGCUGAUGCAGGCCAUGACGUCGCGCCCGGACGGCGUGUCCCCGCCCCACCUGCGCAUCACGGCCGUCACACGAGGCGGCGGUGGCGGGGCGCGGGCUGUCCAGGAAGCCGGGCGGCGUCUCGCGGCCUUCGCGGGGUCCAUUGGGCAGCCCUUCUCGUUCGGGCAUUGCCGGCUCGACUCGGACGAGCGGUUCAGGCCGGCGACGGUGCGGAUGGUGAAAGGGGAGACGCUCGUGGCCAACUGCAUCCUCCACCAGGCCGCGGCCACGACCACGGUCAGGCGGCCCACGGGGUCCGUGGCGUCGUUCCUGACCGGCAUGGCCGCGCUCGGGGCCAAGGUGGUGACCGUCGUGGAGGAGGAAGGGGAGGCAUCAUCGGAGAAGGAGUCGGACGAGAAGGAAGAGGGCGCGGCGGGCGGGUUCGUGGCGCGGUUCAUGGAGGAGCUGCACCGGUACUCGGCGGUGUGGGACUCGCUGGAGGCCGGGUUCCCGACGCAGAGCCGGGUGCGGGGACUCGUGGAGCGGGUCAUCCUGGGGCCCAACAUCGCGGGCGCCGUGAGCCGCGCCUACCGAGGAGGGAUGGACGGCGGCAGGGGCGGGUGGGGCGAGUGGAUGCGGGGGAGCGGCUUCAAGGCCGUGCCGCUCAGCUGCUUCAACCACAGCCAGGCCAGGCUGCUCCUCGGCCUCUUCAACGACGGCUACACCGUGGAGGAGACCAGGCCCAACAAGAUCGUGCUCGGGUGGAAGGCCCGCCGCCUGCUCUCGGCGUCCGUGUGGGCGCCGCCGCCGCUGUCCGUGCCGUCGUCGCCCGCGGAAGCCGUGUUCCAGCCCAUUGGGAUGGCGAUGGCGCCGGCGGCAAGCGGCUUUGGCCGGAUGGAGUUCGAUUUCAUUGACUCCUUCCUCGUAGAGCCUGCUUACGCGCUAGUCUGAACUUUGCAUUUGCAAGCAGGUUUAGCUUUAGCUGUCAUUUCAUUGGAAAUAUUCAGAUGUCUUGUACAAAUUAAAUCUUAUACGGAGUAGUUGCUUUGUGAGGUUGAAUUUCCCGCUCGUUCGUGUGUCAAAACCGGUCCGAUUGCAAGA